AUUUCCCCCCUCAAUCAAACAGCUCCCUCGCCAGGUCUCCCGGGGAUCCGCGUUUUGCAUCGCUCCUCUAUUUGCAUCUCUCCCACACAUUUUCCGUGCCAGCGACUCCGUGCAGUGGGCGCAACCACCAAGACUCUCCAUCACAAUCAUCUUUUUUUUUUUGAGACUACAACCGACGGAGAGGGGGGGGGGAAGUAGAAUAAGGAAUUUUCAAAAAUGUUGCCCAAGCUGCACGAUUGGAUGAUUUGAGGACGUUUCCACGGUGUCUUAUUUCUGAGACACUCACGUGUGUUGUGGGUAAACAGCAAAGGGCUUGAUCGCGUCUGCGUCGUGUGUGUCGUUUUAUUUUUUUCUAUCUUGUUGUUCCCUCCUUUUGUUUUUUGUUUUUUUUUUGAAGACGACGUUUUUGUUUUCACGCUUUCGGCGAGGAUCUUCACGUUUAGUGCGCCUCGGUUUUUGCUCAAAGACGCAUCUGGAAAUGUCGGAAGUGCUGCCUUUCAACGAAGAGAAAAUGAGUCAUUAUGGAAACGAGGGCGACGAGGGACACCUUUCCUUCACUUGUCGCCUUCAGGACACCAACAACUUCUUCAACGGCUCGCAGAAUAAACGCCCGCCCAAGCUGGGACAAAUAGGCCGGAGCAAACGGGUUGUGAUCGAGGAUGAGGCUGGCAAUGACGAUGCAAUGAAAAAUGGAACAGAGAAGACCCAGGCGGACGCUUAGAAACAACCCCCCACCCAUAAAGACACUCUUGAAUUUUUUUUUUUUUUAAAUGAUGAUAUUUACCAGUUGUAAUCCAAAGACAUUGUACAUACGCACUUUGUUUCAUGUGGCAGCAAGCAGCACUUCCACACACCCUCCUCUCCAAGGCAGUCAUGGCCUUCUGGGUGAUGCACACACACCGGCAGCAAAAGAGACCCCCAGGUGGAUCCCCACCACCAGCACACAUACCCUAGCAGAAGGGGUUUUGCCAUAAAUCUAAUAGCUGGAGAAAGAUGAAGUGGUGGGGGAGAAAAAAAAUCAGGGCGAGGAUGCAGAAAUGAUGAAAUAGAAACAAAAGCACACAUUUCUGCUGUAACUGUCUAAAUUAUAUAUAGCGGUCUAUACAUUUGUACAUAGGGAAUACAUUUUCUUGCACAAGUUUGGUAUUUUAUUUCUCUUUGUUUUGGGAAAACCAUGUGUUUUGCAGUGAAUUUACACCUGAUAUUUGUUGUUUUUCCAUGUUGAGGAAUUUUUUUUCCCCCACAAUUUAAUUCUCGAUGUUGCCUGUUUUUUUUUUUUUGGGUUCCAUUUUGCAGCUGACAUUAUUUAUUUAUUUAUGAUGUACCUCCCAUCUUUGUGUGUAAGCUUCCGGGCUUUCACCUGGAUUGGUUGAUAUGACUGUACACACCCUAUUGAUAAACUAUUUAUAUUGCAUUGUGCAUCAUUGUGCGUGUGCCAAGCCUCAUGAGGUACAGUAUAUACUGUGCUGCACCGGACAAGUUGUUCUGUUUUGUGCUUUUACAUUGAGUCCUAAAGGAUUUUUGUUUUGUUAGGGCUAACACUUAAAAUAUGAACUCAUGCAUGGCAAACUAAAACCCCAGCAUGCCCAGCAGCAGAACUUCUGAAACUUGUGUGUAGGCUAUUCUUAAAGCACUUCGUGAAACAGCUUUGAAUGACAAACCUCAAGCAGCAGUCUUAAUACUGUACUGUAUCAUUCACUCUUAUUUGUACAGUGGCCUAAUAUCUUGUAAUAAAGGUGAUAAGGAACAAUAUACUGUUUAAUGAAUGAUGAGGUGGAUUUUUUUUUAUGUUUACAAGUGUAGCAAAAAAACCACAAAAGUUUAGUUUUAUAUGAUGAGGUGAAACACAAGAGUGUAACUUGGCAGACUUUUGAGAUGUGUUGCUUGUACAGUUGAUACGAGAUUGUAUAUCUGGCUGCCGAGGAAGGUUAAAUCAGCGUUUUCCACUGUGAGAAGGUAUCAUCCCGUUCAUCCAAAUGAUUGGGAGGUGCCGAAAAUGGGAUGAAAAUGAGCAACCAAUAAAAAGAAGGAUUUAAAAACA